UUCCAGGUAAAGCCACGCUUGACUAAAUCAGGCCUCACUGGAAAUCCCCGUAAAAUCUGCGGAGAGUAUAAAGCAUAGAAGUAGUAAACAGUGAAAAGUUGGAUACUUUGGAUUUGAAGCUAAGUUACUGCAUUGAGGGAAACCCUUACAGCUGUGCAAGAUGCGUGCUGUUUCUAUACUACUGCUGCUGUGUGUAUGUUACAAGGUCAGGGCGCAGGGUGGCGGAAUAAAAAUGAAGAUAGGCGAACAUGGUCUUAAUGAAGUGAUUUCAUACUUACUGGACUACGUUCUUAUUCCAUACGUACAAAACAAACUUGAGGUAGAAGACUUUGAAGUAGAGAUGGGACCAACAGCUCGAAUACUUGUUGAUAGGUUGCAACUUCGUAAACUAGAAGGUCAAUACGGUAGUGUUAACGUCUUAGACGGAAAUAAAGUUGAUGUCACGGUGGGUUUCACGACGCUUGCACUGAACGCAAACCUUACACGUGUGGCAGGAAAUGGUAUCAUAUAUGCACCACAGACUGUAGUUUAUUUUAUGGGCUGUCAGUUGCAAGUUACAUUUUCCCUUGGAAUGGAGCGAAACAAAGACGGUGUAACAUUAGAUACAUGCAAAGCAACCAUUGAUGAUUUCAAAGCUGAGGGCAAACUGGGUUCUGCACUUGAAGGCGUAUAUCUGUUAGGCGGUGGUGAGAGUAUUUCCUCCCUUGUAGAAAAGAUAUGUCCAACCCUGGAGAAUAUCACAAACGACAACCUCAAUGACAUUCUCAGUGUUCAAGAUACUGUGUCGAUAUCAAGUAGCACGUAUGGCAAGAUGUCCGUAAAUAUGAAACUACUGUCUGCUUCUACUGGAACUGACUUCAUUACAAUGGAAGUGGAGAUGACCACAGAGACAGAUCAAUUUGUUGGAGACAUCCAUUUUCCAGUUUAUGAUAAAAAACAAAGCACCCUUGAUGCAGUCCUCAUCUUUAACGAUCAGCUCCUUAGUAAAGUUUUCAGACACACUAUUCAGGACCACGUAUUUAAGAAUUUUGUGUUCCAGAAGACUGUAAAUGAGGUUGGGUACACAGUUCAAAUCAAUGAAACGUCCAUACAAAGCAGGGUAGUGUCUACAGACGAAGGAACGAGUGUUAUAUGGAACGUCACCUUAGCCGUUUAUACAAGUGACAACUGUAUGGUUUAUCAGCUAAAAAUGGACAGCGUCAUUCCGGUGGUGUUCGGCUUUAAUGACACGUUGAUUGACAUACGCGCCGAUAAAGACAGAUUUCGAAGAGAAUACAUGGUGUCAAACCGGAAUAAAGCUUGUACAGGAAGUGCGGGAAAGCUGGACACCAGUAAGAAAGUGCAGAAGGAACUUCUACAAGAAUUAAAUAGCGAAUUUGAAAAAUGCCUGAAAGAUGAAAGUAUUUUCUUUAAACUCCCAAAAGGAAAAUGGUAUGGAUUUAAAGACCCUCGUAUCAAAUCGUUGAAAGGUGGAAUGGUGUUUUCGUCUUCGCUGAGAGUUGGAGACAACAAUCAAGUGACGGUAGAGAAACUGACACAUGUCUACAAUACACACUAUGAUUCAAAGUUUACCAGUUACGUAUACAGUGAUGGGGAGAAGGUUGACGUUAGAGGUCCUCCUGUUAGCAGUCCCAAACCUCCUGUUAGCAGUAGUGUGUUACAAACAUAUAGCAUAACUCUGACUGUACUUGCCAUUUUACUGAUUAUCAUCCAUUAAUGCAUUUGACAGUUUUUAGUAUCUAUUUGCUAUUGAUAAUUUGUAUCUUACCUGACGUCGCCAUUUCUGAAAGUGCAUGCGACCGUUACUUUCAGUUACGUCACUAUUUUGAAUUAAGUGACGCCUAGGACUUGAAACGCAACAUAUUUACGCAACACACAUUGCUGUUAACGACGAUAUAAAUUUCAGUCCUGUGAGAUGUAUAUCGAGUAAAGUACGUGCAUUUAAAAGGAAUCCCGGUUCUUUUUGUAGGCGGAAAACUGAGCGUGCCCCGACUAGCACUGACGGUCGUCCAUUAUUUAAUUAAUACUCAAAUAAUAUGACAUAUAUUUAAUUUCAAACUCUACAUUUCUGUCGAGUAUACAUUGAAAUAACAUCAGUUAAAAUAAUUAUUUGAUGCACCGCUUAUUUUUGAAAUAAUACAAAACGUUCGCGAUUUUCUGGGACAACCCUCGUAUUGUGAACAUUAUCCGGGUCAGGACAUAGCACUUCGUAGUACAAAUACAUCAUGAAUCAGUUCCAUUGAAAUACAUGUUUCUCUUUUUUUUUAAAGGUGCAUAUGUAUGCCAAUUAAAGUAUAUUUACUGGUUUGAACGUCCAUUUACUCUGACUUUAGAAUGGUCUUAUGUCUUAUCAUAAAUGCUAAACAUUGCAUUCUAUUCUUUCAACGGAUGUUCUUAUAAGGAAGCCGUUUUGAGUUUAUAUUUUAUUUCAAAUUUCUUCAUAUAUGUAGCAAUCUUAAAUAUAACUGUUUCAAAUAUCAUUUUUUCCAUUCUACGUAAUUCAGAAAGUGUAUUUGGAAGUAAAUAAUGUAACGCUUUGAAGCUCAUUCGGCAAUUUUUAGGUUCAAACACUUACCCGAGCUUGCAUGUUGUCAAUACAUGAAAUAGAAACGUCAUCAUAAAUGACUAAUUAGCGAGUUAAAUGUCUAUACCAAAUGUCAUAUGUUUAUAUAAAAUGUAUCUUGUUGUGCCAUAAUGCAUUUUAGGUCCUGCGAUGCAGGGGUUAAUGCAAUUAUAACUUGCAAGCCAAGUGCCUUACUUGCUUUACAAAAGUUUAUAUUCUGCUCUGAAACCGCUAUAUCAGGAACUAUUAUAUUUUUCGCGUCAUGUAUUGAUAUGUAGUAUCAAUCUAAAAGUCCGGUAUCAAACUUAUAAUCUUGCCCUGGGGUUAAAACAAAUCCGUAACAAGGGUCGUUUAUGUAGUUCACGUACGCUUAUGUAAAAAGGGCUAUGUUCUUUGAAUCUGGCUUUCCCUGGUGAAUUUUCCCCCGUGUUUGCUUUAUACAGGCAAACCAUCUUCCAUAACCUUUAGCCUGCUGGCGGCAAUUGAUUCUGCUUUUGCGACCAGCGCAGAUCAAGAUCAGCCUGCACGAAUGGUCUACACAGUUCGCUAUUCAGUCUGUAAAUAUUCAUUGAACACCCCUUCAAAAUUAAUGAUAAAUGGUUCUGCCCAAAUUGAAUCAUGGACUAGUCCACUUUAAACAUUUAGCGAGCUAAAUAAAGGUUAAAAUCACAAUUGCUGAAGCUUAUAGAUGUUCUAUAUAGCAUAGUUUAAUUCAUUUUCAUCACCUGAAUAAAUACUCAGUAUCUGGUAAAAGCGACGCCUUCUGGUGUCAUUUGUUUUAUAUGGAUACAUGUGAAAAUCUAACUGAGCUGUAUUAAACUUAUACAAACUAUUAACCUGUAUAAUAUAGAGAGAAAAACGAAGGGUCAGCUAAACCAGUUAGUCCAGUAGAGCGUCAGAUACUCAUGGGCCUCUGGUUAAUUUUAUAUACUUAGGCGCUAUGUCACAUUAAUUCUAUAUAAUGAUCCUUUAUAUGUCUUAACUUUAGGCUUUGCUAUUUGCUUUAUUUGUGGGUGUACCAUAUAUCAGUUCAGUUGACUCGCAUUGUAGAUUUUGUUUCAGUAAUGUCAACAAUGUUGACUGUAUAAUUGACGAGGUUUCUUUAGAUUGAAACUAAAAAAUGCAAAUAACCUGCUGGACUCGGUUUUGACUGAUUUGCAGUGUCUUUAAAACAGCAGCGAAUGUUGAUGUUAAUCCGAAAGCAAUCACUGCGCGCAGUUAAGCUGUUCAUUUUAAUAAAAGUUAUAUAAAGAGUAAUGCUGUUUUUACCUGUGGAAACCGCUAAAUGCGUUUACGCGGAAUUAUUUGGACAAAUGUAAGACAGGUCUAAACAAAGAUGCUACAGAUCGAGUUUGGUGAUAAUCGGUCUAGAAGUGGUUUAAAGUUGUUGUUUUCUUUUUUGUUUUUUUUUCUUUUUCAUUUUUUAGCUCAUGUCUUCCCAUACUGUUUGGGUAAAGGAUACCACUUUGUUAAAGAGGACUGGUAAAUGUAUAAGCAUUUAGAACGGAAACAUUUCAACAGAACAAUAUCUGCAAAAAAUAGUUUGCUUUUUUUUGGUAGAAUGUGAAUAAGAAUUGCCAGUGGCGUAUUCCUCUACCCUAUCUUAAACAGAAUGUUUUACCUUUAAAGGGAAAUUACCAGUACUGAAAUAUAGAUUGGUAGCAGUGAAGGUUUUCACCCUUUUAAACAAUGGCAUUUUACAUCAGCUAAGUUUAAACCACUACUGUAUUGACCUGUCAAAAAUGAUGCAAAAAGGCUGACAUAAUGUUGUAGCGGUUUCUUUCAACAUGCGAUGGCUUAUUUAUCAGGUCUGCUGCCUUUUUAAUCACUAAAUUGAAGUGUUUGCUCUGUGAUAUUUAUGUUGUUAAUGGAUGUGUUUGAAACAAAAUCUGUAAAUAAAAUCUGGAAAGUAGAUCCCUCGGAAGCACCGAGAACAAGGCAAACAGUGAAAAUUGCAGUCUCGGUUUGAUUGAGUCUGUUCAUGAGCAGAAAUGGAAAAUGCAACAGUGCCCACGCCCCCUAGCACCGGGUUAAGCAGUAUUCAAUCUUUAAAUCUAAAGAAAUGAAAUCAAUGAUCCCGAAGGACCAGAAAAUAUAACAACACUGAGAUGAAGUCGGGGCGACUUUUUACGGCCGCCACACACCACUUAACACCCGCUGUUGUGAAGUAAAUAAAAUCUGGAAAGUAGAUCCCUCAGAAGUUGAGAUUUAGAGUCAUAAAUUGUAGAGAACGAAAGGAAAAUAGUUUAAAGAAUUAGCUAUUUCAUCAUCAGAAACAGAAUAAAGGGUGUCUUCAUUUUCAGUGAAGGUGUCUUGUCGCAUUUAGCUGAACUUUCUUCGAUAAAUAUUUUACCAGUGUUCAAUGCUGUGAGGGAUUUGUAGUAUUUAUAUCAUAUAGUCAUGAUUUGUAAUCCAUGCUGGAUAUAUUAUUGAACUGAUGUUAGUUAAAUUCAGUUUCAAUUAAUCUUAUGAAAAGUAACAUUUUUCACUUUCGCCAUUGUUCAUGUGAUAGGUCAAUGAGCUGAAACUUGUGGGUCACUUACUUAAGUGUUCUGCUUGAUGAACUUUUGGAUUUUAACAAAACUGUGUGUAGCUCAAAGCGUAAGCAAUGCUUUGGUGUUAUUUAUGGCCAAAUCUGAAGCUUUGGGGGCCAUGUCAUAUGACGUUUUUGUAACGUUGUAUUGCUCGAUGGUAUAGCCAAUUAUUUGCUAUGGAAGUGCCAUUUUGAGUAAUAAGACAUUCUCGUGCAUUAACUCAGUACAAAAUCAGGCUAUGCGUCAUUUCAUAUGUGUCUGAGAGAAAUGGCAAGGCAGUCAUCUCAGGUUAAAGAGUUGAAGUAUGUCAGCAGUGGUAUACUAGUACUUAACUGUAAAAUUUUCACAGCAUGUAAAGCUAUAAGUGGAAAUAAGUGUAAAACUGGAAAUAUGAGUUUACAAAAUGUGUAUACAAAUUAGGAUUAACUGAACAUUACAGUCAGUGGUAAAGACAGUCGUCUAAAUCUUUUUGUGAUAACGUUAUUGCAUCUUUAAUGUCAUAGUAUAGAAUUGCAUGGUACAGCCUGUUUAAUAGGAAUACAAAUUUAAAUGGUAGAGCAGGAAACAAGUUAAGGACUAACAAAUUGAUGAAACAGGAGUUUUUAACUAAAAAUCACUCGAAAAUGUUCAUGCCUUUAAAACGUAGAGUGGCUUUUGCUGAAUUUAAAUGUGGGAUUUCCCCCCAUCAGACUUGAACCUGGCCGUUAUGAGAACCUCCCCAUUAAGAAUAGAACUUGCCAUGUUUGUAGGGAAUCUGUUGAAAACGAAGUGUAUGUAAUACCUCAUUGUUGCAAAUUCAAGACGGCAAUUGAUGAGUUUUUUCAAGGGCAGGUCACUGUUAAGAUAUAGUUUUUCUGUUCUAAAACUUUAAUAUUUUUAGAAUUAUAGCUAAGAUGUUAUAUAGUCAGAUUAGUAUCAAUUUUCAUUUUUUUAAUGUUUACAGAUUAUAUUGGAAUUUUAGGAAUGUGUACUAGAUUGUAUUUUAAUGUUUUAUUUCAGAAUCUGUUAUAAUUCAAUAUAAUGAUUGACACUGGACGGUUUAUGAAUUUUAUAGUUGUGUGUAUGUUGAUAUUUGGACUCAAAUAUACUAUAGUGAAAACUCUG